UCGAGGCAGAAACUACGUCAGAGGAAGUCGUAAAAAAGAAUUUUUCGAAUUGCUUUGUGGCGCUCUGCUGGCAUAGGACUGUAGCUUUUACUUUUGAAUAAAAUGGCUGAUGUCUCGAAGCUUGUAUAUUCCAUUCUGAAAUUUCUUGGUGAUCAAAAAACCUCAGGAAACUUAAGUGAUGAUGCUGUGGAAAGCCUGGAAGUGGCUAUUCAGUGCCUGGAAUCAGCCUAUGGAAUAAAUACCAACGAACCUGAAAGUGCAUCCAAAUAUUAUGUGGACAAAAAUCUUUUAGAUAUUUUCAAUUCUCAUACAAGUUCUGAGAAAACUGAUAAUUUUGCUGCAAAUACCUUGCAUGAGCCAACUCCUGAAGACAGAGUUGAAGCUGAAAAGCUUAAAAAUAAAGGAAAUGACUUCAUGAAAGCAGAGAAAUUCUCCGAAGCACUAGAAUGUUACACAAAGGCCAUAAAGUUGGACAACAAAAAUGCUGUUUAUUAUUGUAACAGAGCUGCAGCCUACAGUAAAUUAACUAAACAUACAUCAGCUAUCCAAGACUGUAACAGUGCAUUGGCCAUUGAUCCUAGCUACAGCAAGGCAUAUGGUCGGAUGGGAAUGGCUUACCUUGAGCUUGAGAACAAUGAACAAUCUCACGAAUGCUACAGAAAAGCUUUGGAGUUGGAUCCAAACAAUCAGAGCUACAAGAAUAAUUUAGAGAUGGUUGAGCAGAGACUUCGGGAACAAGCUAUGGGGGCUGGAUUAGCUUCUGGUGCUGCUGGACAAAAAGGCUUUGAUUUGUCAAGUAUAGUUAACAAUCCAGCACUUAUGAACAUGGCUGCUAACCUUAUGUCAAAUCCUCAAAUGCAGUCCAUGAUGUCCAAUCUUAUGUCCUCAGCAGCUGGUGAAGGAAGCAAUGGAGGCCUUACCUCUUUAUUACAAGCAGGGCAACAGCUUGCCACACAGAUGCAGCAACAGAACCCAGACUUAGUUGCACAGCUCCGCAGACAAGCUAACAUUUUGAAUGGAGAACAACAGACUAACUCUGAAGAAACUGAUAACAAAGAGUGACAUUCCAAGUGUAAAGAACACUGAUGCUAUGAUGGUGUGUUGUCCAUGUAAGACUGGAUGUGCACUGUUCAAAUUGGCUACUACAAACCAAGCAGAAAGCCUAUAUAUAUGUAUUUAUAUAUAUAUAUAUAGCAUUAUAAUAGAGGGACUUAUAACGAAUAAAUCUUUAUAUAAAUAGGACUUAUAAUGAAUAAAUCUUUAUAAAGAAGUAAUGGCCAAAUCUGUACAGAAUUUUGUAGCAAAUAUUUCCUGUAUUUCCAUAGGAAUGUUGUUAUUCUAUGCAAUAUCUCUAUUGGUUGUACCUACAAUGUACCAUUGUCGUAAUAUCAACAGUAUGACUGAUCAUAUGCUAGACAUUCAUCAAUCAAGAGAAUUAUAACUAACAAGCAAAAACUAGCUGGUGUGGAAGUGCAAUGUGUUUUCUUUCUUCCUCUACAGUAAUUUGGCUGUGACCAAGCUGCAAUUUGUAAGAAAUUUUAGCUGGCCCCUUUCAUUUUUUUUUCAUUGUUCUAGCCAUUUGCUGUAAGUCCUUUUAAUAUCCUUCCCAUCUACUUUUGAUGUUUCAUGUCAGUCAUUGCACAAAUUCACAUUAGCAUAUGAACUUUUCCUCAUCAAAACAGGAUCCAUCUGCUUUUUUUAGAUAACAUUGCUGCCUCCAUCCACUUCAUGAUGUGAUAAACUUUAUUUUUAUUCUUCCUAGACCUAUUCUCUGUAGACAUAUCAGCCAAAGAACGGUUUUUGUCACCAUCAUGAAUGUGGCUGUUUGUAGACCUGCUCUCUGUAGAUGUACCAGCCUGAGAAAGGUCCUAGCUAAUCUUUCAUCAGUUUUGAAAAGUAUUUUGUUUAUAUUUACUGCCCUCCCCCUUCACUACUCACACAUACACACAUAAAUCCAAGCAUUUUUAGUGAAUUUAAAAAAAAAAA